AUGGAAGAUAAAUCAUAUUCAUGUAAAUAUUGUGAAAAGACAUUUAGUUACACUUCACAAUUGAAAAUACAUUUGAGAAUACAUACUGGAGAAAAACUGUAUUCUUGUGAAAUUUGUAAAAAAUCAUUUGUUCAGAAUGGAAAUUUGAAAACGGGAAGUUUAAAGAAGCAUUUGGGGACACAUACUAAAGAAAAACCGCAUUAUUGUGAAAUUUGUAGAAAGUCAUUUUCUAUUAGUGGAAAUUUAAAAAGCCAUUUAAGGAUACAUACUAAAGAAAAACAAUACUCUUGUGAAAUUUGUAAGAAGUCAUUUUCUCAUAGUGGAAGUUUGAAGUUUCAUUUAGGAAUACAUUCUAACAAAAAGCCAUAUUCUUGUGCAAUUUGUAAGAAAUCAUAUUUUCGGAGUGAAAGUCUCGGGAAGCAUUUGAGGACACAUACUGAAGAAAAACCAUACUCUUGCGAAAUUUGUAGAAAGUCAUUUUCUAUUAAUGGAAAUUUAAAAAGCCAUUUAAGGAUACAUACUAAAGAAAAACCAUACUCUUGUAAAAUUUGUAAGAAAUCAUUUUCUCAGAAAGGAGAACCUUCUAUAGUCCAUUUAGCGAGAGCUGAUAGUGGAAGUAAAGAAAGCAACGUGACAAUUGGCGUUACUGAUGUCUGCUUUGCGCUGGGAUGA